UUUUCUUUUAACAUUUAACCAAAACAACAAAAUACCUACUCCUCAAAAACACUACCUCCAUAAUUAUUUUAUACAAUCUAACUAUAGCUACUUACUAGAGGGUGGAUGCAUUGUGAUAGUAACGAUUUAUCUUCUGUAGGAUUCAUGGAUAUGGAUUUAUUGGCGCAUGCAUAUGAUGAUACAUCGUUGCGUGUAGACCGUGCUUAACAGUCCUAACCUUCUAACCUGACUGUUUGUGUUUUCAGUUUUGUUUAUGUUUUAUCUUUAAAUUUUAAAAGAUAAGAGAUUUCGAACUGAGAGAUUCUUACCAAGAUUUGCAAUAUUCCACUGUAUGUAAAACUUAUUUAAAACUGAUAAAAAGAUGGAUACAAGUACAGAAAAUGAUCCACUACUGGAAAAAGCGAACAUCGAGCCAAUGCUGGAGUUCGAAACUCAAAUAUUCCUGGAUAUAGUGCGUAGCGAUGGUUUAAUUAUUGCAGCAAAAGGCCUGAAUUUGGACUUGAUUCUUGUAAAUAUCUUCAAAGUCUACCAAGAUCCAGGAAAUUUAGUUUUAGUUCUGAAUGCCACUGAUGCCGAACAAAAGUAUUUCCAUGAAAAACUUGGAAAAACAGAUGUUUAUAUUGAACAUAAUAAUGCAGCUGUGAAAAGAUCAGAGGAAUAUCUUUGUGGAGGAAUUCAUUUUGCUUCCACUAGAAUCUUGGUUGUAGAUUUAUUGAAAAAAAGAAUACCAAUUGAAAAGAUCACAGGCAUUAUUGUUCUUAGAGCCCAUAGGAUUUUCGAAAGCUGCAAUGAAGCUUUCGCUUUGAAGUUGUAUCGUCAAAGUAACAAGACAGGUUUUAUCAAAGCCUUUUCAAAUAGUCCCCAAAGUUUCACAAUGGGUUUUUGCAAUGUGGAAAGAGUAAUGAGAGCGAUUUUCGUUAAAGAAUUAUACAUUUGGCCCCGAUUUCAUGCUUCUGUAAGGGAUAGUUUGAAAAAACACGAGCCCCAAGUUAUAGAAUUACACAUACCCAUAUCAGAGCACAUGAAAAAAUUACAAACCUAUAUUCUGGAGAUAAUGAAUGCUACUGUAAAGGAACUUAAAAGAAUAAAUCCAGUGCUAGAAAUGCACGAAAUAACUGUAGAAAACUGCCUCACCAAAAAAUUUCAUAAAAUUUUACAGGUUCAAAUGAAUGAGAUUUGGCAUCAGUUGAGCAAUAGAAGCACACAAUUGAUUGCAGAAUUAAAAACACUUCGGCACUUAUUAUUGCAAAUGUUUUAUUCGGAUCCAAUAACUUUUUACGCAACAAUUUUGGAAUAUAGAAAACCUGAAUAUGCUAGAACUGUUGAUUGGGUUUUAAAUCAUUCUGCCGAGUUACUUUUUAGAGAUGCUGGUGCUUUAGUUUAUUCAGGAGACAAAGAAUUUAAUCCGGAAUUUUGUCCAAAAUGGGAGGCUCUAUUGGAAAUAUUAAAAGUUGAAGUACCUGCAGAAAUCAAAAAAUCUAAAUCCACUGAAAAUACUACGGUUUUAAUACUGUGUUCAGAUCAAAGGACUUGUCACCAAAUAAAUGAGCUUCUAACUUCUGGUUCCCAUUUAUACCUAUUCUUCCUAGCCCUAAAGAAAAAAAUUCCUUUUAAAACCUUAAGCAGCAGAUUUAAAAAUUAUGAAAAAUUGCCAGAAGUGGCAAAAAGUCAUGAACCUGAGGAAAAACCCAAACUCCGCUCCAGUAAAAGAUUGAAACCUGAUAAAGCCAAAAAAGAAACUGAAACAAAAAAAGAAAAUCAUGAAGAGGAGUUGGAAGAAUGUGAGGAUUUUCAAAGCACAUACAUUUUAACAAUGAGUCAAAGUGUUUUGGAAGAUUUUGACGAGUCAGUGGGUCAAGAUAAAAGUUCAAAUGAAUCAGUUUUCACACCCUUUACUCAACUCGAAAAUAUGGAUCUCUCUCAAAUAAUAGAAUCUAUAACGGCCCCAAAAAUACUUAUACAAACUUUUAAAGGCGGAGAAAAUUAUGUAAGCCUUCAAAAUAAUUUGGAAAUUUUGAAACCCAGUUUUGUUAUCAUGUAUCAUAGUAAUAUUACCACAGUUCGCGAAAUUGAGAUGUAUGAAGCUCAUAGACAAAGUGACACCAAAUUGAAAAUUUAUUUUCUGAUACACGCUGCCACCGUUGAAGAACAAGCUUAUCUUACCACUUUGAGAAGGGAAAAAGAGGCUUUUGAAUUUUUAAUUGAAACCAAAGCUAACAUGGUUGUACCAGAAGACCAAGAUGGUAAAUCCGACCAAUGUUUAACCUUGCAAAGAGGUGGUACAAGUCCUGAAGAAAAAAACACUAGAAAAGGAGGAGGCCCUCAGGAACCAGCCAAAAAAAUUGUAAUUGUCGAUAUGAGAGAAUUUAGAAGUGAUUUGCCAUCUCUUAUACACAAAAGAGGCAUUGAAAUUGAGCCUCUAACAAUUACAGUCGGCGAUUACAUUUUAACUCCAGACAUUUGUGUGGAACGAAAAAGUAUUUCAGAUUUAAUAAGUUCUUUGAAGUCGGGUAGAUUAUAUCAGCAGUGCAUACAGAUGGAAAGAGUUUACUCUAAACCUAUGUUAUUGAUAGAAUUUGAUCAAAAUAGGCCUUUUGGAUGGAAAAACCAAUUUAUGAUAUCUGAAGAUACCUAUAGUUUCAGUAUACAAGAAAAACUUUUAUUGCUCACAAUACAUUUCCCAAAACUUAAAAUUAUUUGGAGCCCUAGUCCUUAUGCGACUGCUCAGUUAUUUGAGGAACUCAAGCAAGGAAAAGAAGAACCAAACAUCGAAUACGCUUUAGCUAUAGGUGGAGACCAAGACAUGGACGCUAUAGAAACGAAAUUCAACUCAAACAUUUACGAUUUUAUACAAAGAUUACCAGGAAUCACCACGAAAAAUAUGGACAGAUUUUUGAAAACUGGAGUGAAUAUGCAAACUGUUUUAAGCAAAAGUGAAUCCGAGCUCACAGAAAUGCUUGGAAACUCUGUCGAUGCUAAAGCCAUGCAUACAGCGUUACAUGAAAAUUGUGUAGCACAAAAGGAACCUAAAGAAAAACCACAAUACAGCAGAGGAAGAGGCCGUGGAACUAAUAGACGAGGAAAAUAAGAUUUUUUGUUGUAAAAGAGGCAGAAGUUGAAUAAAAUAUACUUAUUACUUUUUUGUGUUUGGAGUUUUUAUUCUGAGAAAAAUAACGCCAAUCGUAAGUUUUAGUCUUAUAUUAUAAAAACAAAAAAAACUUAUUUUGUAGAUAAGUUAUUUAUUUAGUUUUCGGUUGUUUCUUUUCUUUACCAGCCUUGGUUACAUCUUCAGGAUUUUCGGCGGCAUCCUUAAUUCUCUUGGCACGGAUUCCAACCAAUCUAGCAUCAGCACGUGCUUUCCUAAAAUAAAAAAAUAUCAUUGAACUUGGUCUCUUCUUCAGUGGGCACACGAGCCUUGGACCUGAUGGCAGCCUGUUUGAUUGGCAAAACUUCGCCAGGAAGUUGAGUGGCAACCUUCCUUUCUUCUUCUGUGGCUUCACCUGCACGCAACUUGCUCUUCUUGUGCACUGGGAACAGAAUCAAUUUAGAUCUGAAAUA